CGAGUCUAACCUUUACAAUUGUAAUAUAAACACGCCAAAAACGUGCCCUCUUUGAUAAUAUAAUUUACGAAUUGUCGCAUGCAUGAAUUGUAUUGAUUUUUAAAAGAGGGUUUGGCUCAUAUAUAUAAGUUCUACGAUUUGUGUUCGGAAUCAUGUCACAACCGAAUGCUGAACAUAAAGAGAAGAAAAGAAAAGAGAGUAUUCUUGAUCUUUCUAAAUACCUCGAAAAGAAUAUAAGGGUAAAAUUUGCCGGAGGUAGAGAAGCCGAAGGUAUACUCAAAGGAUAUGAUCCUUUACUUAAUCUGGUGCUUGAUAACACAAAGGAAUAUCUUAGAGAUCCAGAUGAUCCAUACAAAUUAAAUCAAGACACUCGCAUGUUAGGCUUGGUUGUAUGUAGAGGAACAUCUGUUGUGCUUAUUUGCCCUGUCGAUGGCAUGGAAUCCAUUCAGAAUCCUUUUAUUCAACAAGAUGGAUAAGUAGGAUGGACAUUAUCUUAAUACAAUGUAUUAAGUUUAGAAAUGAUAUAAAUAUAAUUCUUUCCAUUUUUCUAAUAAAAGAUAAUUUAUUUUUCAUUUUACAAUUAAAAAGAGC